CAAAAAAGAAAAUUAUUCUCUUGACCUUUUUCUUUUUCUCUCACUUUUACAUUUUCAAUAUGUGUACAGAAUAGACGAACACGCCCGCACACUAACAUGUAAGGUAUGUUGUCAUUUGUUAUGUUGUUUUUCUUUUAGAGUCUGUUGAGUUACUUGUGAAAAUAUUUUGUUGUUGAUAGGCUCGAACAAUGUUAUUAUGGCAAAAAUUAGAUUUGCAGAAAAGAUCAUGAAAUGACCCAGUCUCAAAGAUUCGAUAUUUUUCAAAGAUUUUACUCGUCAUACACUUAAGAAAAAAAUCUAUGUAUACUUCUUCGACAAACAUUGUUUGAUUGUUCGAUACAAUAGCAAAGUCUGAAUACGAACUCGCUUCUCAACAAUCAAACAAUAGUUUUCAAAAAGAAUACGUAAUUUUUUUUCUUAUUUAGCAGUCGAAUAAAAUCAUAAAAAAAAUUAUCGAGCUUAACGAGAUUGAAUGCCUGCGGCCUUUUCAGUUUUCAUAGACAAUUAUGGAAUUCUUCUCGCACUAAACUAUUGGGCACUGUUAUUGAAUUUUAAUUGCAACAGGGAUGAACUAGUUUAAUUUCCUUGCGUUACAUUAACUCAUUUAUACACAGCGUUACUUUCAUUUACGGAUGAACUACUUUUUUAAUUCGAAUAUUGUUUUUCAUAUAACUUUUAUUUUUUUCUAAUAGAUUUUAGAAAAUUUUAUGCUAAAACAAUGGAAGCGAUUUAUAUAUUACAUGAAAAAGAUAUGGAUGCUCGUUUUUAUGUUUAUCUUAGGGUAAUUUCAUUUUAUUGAAUAGAUAAUGUAAAAAAUAAAAAAUUAUUUCGAAUGGAUUCAUAAACAUAAAGCUCAAUUACGUAGACAACAUUAACUGCAUUUAAUGAUACGACCUAUUAAAUGUUUACUUAAAUAUACAUCAACAGCAUAUAUUGAUUAUCAAUUAUUAAUUGAUUUAUUGGAUUAAUAGUAUUGAAAAUUGUCUAGUAAGAAAGUGAUUCCGACAGUAUUAAGUACGUUUUGUUGUUAUUGUUAAAUUUUUGGUCAGAGUUCCUUGUUAUACAUCGUGAUUAUAUAGAAAAAUUUCAAGUUAUUGAACUUUCACAAGAAUUAGCAACAGCUCGAACACAUUUAAUCGUUUCUUUUCCUCAAUUGUCUUGAAUAUAUGUUAAGAACACCUAGUAUGAAAACAUUUUACUUAUUCAAUUAAGGAAUAUUCAAAGUUUAUUUGAUGUUCAACUAUUAUCAUUAACAAUUGAUGAAACUGAAAAAUUCGGAAUACUUUGUUCCAUUGAAGGUCAAAUACGUCAACAUAUAUUUCGUGUUAUUAAUGAAAAUACAAAUACUAGUAGUCAUAGUUCAAAAUCUUAUUUUACUGAUUCAAUGUCUUCACUAUUAUCGAUUUCAACAUUAUCGAAUAAUACUCAUCAUCAUGGAAGUAAUAAAACUUAUUCUUCACUUAUUCAAACAUCACUUGAGAAUUUAGACAUUGGUUCAGAUUUACGUUCAAUUAAUUGUCUAAAUUUAUUAGACUUCGCAUUUGAACGUGGUCUUCAUAAAGCGAAGAAACGAUUAAGUCUAGCUAUUCCAUUCAGUCCAUGA